AGGGUUAGGGUUUUCAAUUCCCCCACCUUGCGAAUUUCUCAUUUCUCGUAGCCGCCGCCGCCAUCGACGAUGACAGGCAAAGCAAAGCCAAAGAAGCACACAGCGAAGGAGCUCCAAGCAAAAGCCGAUGCAGCGUUGACCAAUCGCGGCGGAGGAAAGGCAGGGCUCGCCGAUAGAACCGGUAAGGAGAAAGGUGGUCAUGCUAAGUACGAGUGUCCUCACUGCAAGAUCACUGUACCGGAUCUAAAGACGAUGCAGAUCCAUCAUGAAUCGAAGCAUCCAAAGCUGACUUAUGAAGAGCCGAGGAAUCUUCAUGAGGCUUUAGCUGCUCCUGCUGAAUCGUCUAAGCCUAAGCCUGGGAUCAGAGGAAGCCUUAAGAAGUGAAGUGAAGAUGUUUGGGGAUUGUAUCGAAUUUCGAUUUGAAAUUUGAGGUCUUUUAAUGGUGUUUUGAUGUGAGAAUAUAAACUUGCGUUGAUGAUGGAUGAUGCUUAUGUCUAUCUUCGUAUUUUUAUGUUACGAUCAUAUAAAAAGUUACUGAUAUUUAUUUUUCUUUAUAAAAUGGUUUGUUUCUAACUUAUGGGUUUCUUUUGAUUCUUGUUUCUGGAUACUUUUUGUUCAUUAGCUGCAAUUUCUCUCAUCUUGGUGAUUUUGGUUGGUCUGAAUCAUUUCAAGCUGCUCGUAAAAUCAGCAUCUCUGUUUUUGAUCAGACAUGUUAGCUCAUUAAGACAAGUGAUUUUGAUGAAGAGUUUUGGUUUUGUUCUUUGAGUUUUAUGAAUGUUCGGAAACUUUACAGGCUUCUGUUCUCUGUUUCUGGUUAGGCAUGUAUAUUAGGUAAGCCAAACUUUUAGUGGAAUCAUUUGAGGAAGAGUGAAAGUUUAUGCAACUCAUGUUAUAACCAAACAAGAGAUUAUGUAGUUUGAUUUGGUGUCUGAAAAGCUUUGAGAAACAUGUCAUGUAUGUUAUGUGGUCAUAGCAUAAACUGGCUUUUGCUUU